AGACGUGGAGCUAUUUCCUAUGACAGCUCUGAUCAGACUGCGUUGUACAUUCGUAUGCUAGGAGAUGUGCGAGUAAGAAGUCGGGCAGGAUUUGAAACAGAGAGAAGAGGUUCUCAUCCAUACAUUGAUUUCCGUAUUUUUCACUCAAAUUCUGAAAUCGAGGUGUCUGUGUCUGCGAGAAAUGUGAGAAGGUUGCUUAGUUUCCAGCGAUACCUGAGAUCUUCCCGUUUUUUCCGUGGUAUCACUGUUCCAAAUUCUUCAAACAUUUUAGAUGACGAUUAUAAUGGACAAGCAAAGUGUAUGCUGGAGAAGGUUGGAAAUUGGAAUUUUGAUAUAUUUCUUUUUGAUAGGCUGACAAAUGGAAACAGUCUAGUCAGCUUAACCUUUCAUCUGUUUAAUCUUCAUGGACUAAUUGAACACUUCCAGUUAGAUACGAUGAAACUUCGUAGAUUUUUGGUUAUGGUUCAAGAAGAUUAUCACAGUCAAAACCCUUACCAUAAUGCAGUUCAUGCUGCUGAUGUGACUCAGGCCAUGCACUGUUACUUAAAAGAGCCCAAGCUUUCCAAAUCUUUAACUCCAUGGGAUGUCCUGCUCAGUUUAAUAGCAGCUGCCACACAUGAUUUGGAUCACCCAGGCGUUAACCAACCUUUCCUAAUUAAAACAAACCAUUACUUAGCAACUUUAUAUAAGAAUACCUCAGUAUUAGAGAACCAUCACUGGAGAUCAGCAGUGGGGUUGCUGAGAGAGUCUGGUUUAUUUGCACACAUGUCAUUAGAAAACAGGCAGCUGAUGGAAAGUCAGAUAGGUGAUCUCAUUCUUGCCACAGACAUCAGUCAGCAAAAUGAGUAUCUGUCCAUGUUCCGAUCCCAUCUGGAUAGAGGAGACCUAUGUUUAGAGAAUCCAAACCAUCGUCACUUCAUUUUACAGAUGGCUUUGAAGUGUGCUGAUAUUUGUAAUCCAUGUCGGACGUGGGAGCUGAGUAAGCAGUGGAGUGAAAAAGUGACAGAGGAGUUCUUCCACCAAGGAGAUAUUGAAAAAAAGUAUCACUUGGGUGUGAGUCCACUUUGUGAUCGACAGACGGAAACUAUCGCCAACAUCCAGAUUGGGUUUAUGACCUACUUAGUGGAACCACUGUUUGGGGAAUGGGCCCGGUUUUCCAACACGAGGCUGUCGCAGACGAUGCUUGGCCACCUGGGACUGAACAAGGCUAGCUGGAAGGGGGUGCAGAGGGAACAGACUGGCAGCGGUGACGAUGUUGACCCCGCUUUUGAGGAAAUGGACUCAGACAUAUUACCUCAGGAACCUCGACUGUCCUGACCUCAAUCUUCAUGACAAAACUGCCUCUUUCUUCUCUUGGUAUCUGCGCGGUUGGAUUAAAGGAGAUACUUGCCAGCCC